AUGGUUCCAAAGCCCCAGAACCCAGGACCCCAGAGGCCCUGGAGCCCCAAGUCCCCAAGAACCGAGAGCCCCAGAGUUCCAGGUUCCCCAAGGUGCCAGAUCCCCAAAACACCUGCAGUCCCAAAGCCCCAGGAGUCCAAAAAUCCCAGGAGCUGCAAAGGCCCAGGAGCCUCAGAGACCCUGGAGCACCAGAACACCAUAGCCCCAGAUCCCCAGAUCUGCAAGAGCCCUCGAAGCCCCAGAGUCCCAGGAGUCCCAAAGCAGAAGAGCCUCAGCUCCACAGAGCCCCAGGAUCCCGGGAGUCCCAAGAACCCCAGGAGCUCCAGAGCUCCAGAGCACCAGGAGCUCCAAAAACCCCCGAGCCUCAGAUCCCCAGAUCGUCAGAAACCCUGGAUCCCCAGGAAAACGCAGCACCAGGAGCCCAAGAGCACCAGGAUACCCAGGGCCAACGAUUCUCAGAACCCCCAAGCCCCAGAGCCCCAGGAGCGCCAGAGCCACAGAGUCCUGAGGAGCAGGAGCCCCAAAGUCCUGGACACCAAAAGCCCCAGGACCCUCAGAGCUGCAGGAGCCCCAGGAGCUCCAGAGUCCCAGCUCCACGGAGCCUCAGGAGGCCCAAAGCCCCAGUGCCGCACGGCCCCAGAGCCCCAGGAGUCCCAGAACCCCAGAGACUCAGGAGGCCCAAGACCCCAAAAGCCAAAAAGUCUCCAGGUCCCACAGCCCCAGAGCCCCCUGAGCCCCAUAAUCACAGGGGUCCAGGUGCCAGGGGCCACAGAAUCCCAGGAGCCCCAAAGCCUCAGCACCACCGCUCUCUUGAGACCAAAGAGCCCUGAAGUCCCAGGAACCCCCGGAGCCCCAUAG